GUUUUGUUUCGACAUCAUAAAGCGGCGACGUGAUUCAUCGGUCUGUUUCAGGUCUGGUUAUCACUACCACACAGUGAUUGUGAAUCCCAAAUCAAUUCAGUAAUAAAUGCUCUGAAUAUUCCUGUCAUCUUUGAAUUGAAGAAGAGUUUCCAGAAGAGCAGGACAAACUGCAAAGUGUGUCAACAAUUUCUGACAUACUACUGCAAAGAUGGAUUUUAUUAAAGAGGAGAGAGAGGACAUGGGUUAUCCAGAACCACACAGAGUGAAAGAUGAAGAAACUGAGGAACAAAUAGGCCUGAAAGUGGAAAGUCAAGAACUGAAUGAAAAGGAGAAAAAUCAGGAUCUUCAAACAUCCAUAACUGUAGAAAAAUCUGUUUUCUCAAAGACUGAAAAUAAUUCCUCACAACAAACAACUCAAAGCACGGAAGACACAAAUAAUGUCACCUGCCCUCAUUGUGGAAAGAGUUUCACACGUAAAUUAACCCUAAUGGAACACUUAAGAAUUCACACUGGAGAGAAGCCUUUCACAUGUCCUCAGUGUGGGAAGAGAUUCAGACAUAGAAUAACCCUAAAGGAACACAUAAGAAUUCACACUGGAGAGAAGCCAUUCACAUGUCCACAGUGUGGGAAGAGUUUCAGACAAAAGACAAGCCUUAAUGCCCACAUGAGGGUUCACACUGGUGUGAAGCCUUACACUUGCUAUCUGUGUGGAAAGAGUUUCAGACAAAAAGGAUGCCUUUAUGUCCACAGAAGAGUUCACACUGGAGAGAAGCCUUACACAUGCACUCAGUGUGGAAAGAGUUUCCCACAGAAAGAAAGCCUUAAAAAUCACUUAAGAGUUCACACUGGAGAGAGACCUUUCACAUGCUAUUUAUGUGGACAGAGAUUCAGAUAUGUGAACAGUGUUCAAAAUCAUAUUCAGUCUGUGCACAUUGGAGCAAAGUCAUUUAACUGUGAUCAGUGCGAUAAAAGUUUUAGCUCUGAAUCAGACCUGAAGGCACACCUGAAAAUUCACAAGGACCCUCAAUUGUGUUCUUUUUGUGGAGAGAGUUUUUCAUGCCCGCACCGUUUUAAUGAGCACCAGAAAAUUCAUACUAGUGGGAAAACUCAUGUGUGCCCUGAGUGUGGCGAUGCCUUUGCUGGAGCUGGCAACUUAAAGAUACACCAAAGAAUCCAUAUUAAAGAAAAACCUAGCAACUGUUCAUAAUGUGUAUAGAGUUUCAUUCAUUCAAGAGUCCUGAAAAUGAAUGGAGAUAAUCCAUACCACCAGCCUUCAUGUGGGGAAAGUUUCACCACAUCAAGUACCCAGUCAACUCAUUUUAAAAAAGCAUUGUGGAAAAAUGUCUCAGAGAGCUCUUCAGGUUCAUCUUUACGUCCAACGCUCUAAAGAGUGUGAAUUUCAGGUAAACCUUAAGAUAAAUUCAAUUUUACCACCCCUUGAGUCGUGAGUUCGAAUCCAGCAUGUGCUGGGUGCAAUACAGUUUAUAUAUAUACACAAUAUGGCAUGCUCCAGCCAGGUCUCAAAGCAACCAAACUGGUCCGAUUGCUAGGGAGGUUAGAGCCACAUGGGGUAACCUCCUUGUGGUCCCUAUAAUAUGGUUUGCUCUCGGUGGGGCGCGUGGUAAUGCGCUCAUUAAACCACGUGAUAAGAUGCAUGGGUUGACGGUUCGUCCUCCGCCACCUGGAUUGAGGCGAAUCACUACGCCCCCAUGAGGACUUAGACCGCAUUGGAAAUUGAUCAUACCAAAUUGGGGAGAAAACAUUUUUUUUGGUAGAAAUUCAAGAGUUAUUAGGAACACUUGUGAUGAGUAGUAGUAGUAGUAGUAGUAAUAGAAAUAUACUUUUAGAAAUGUAUUUUAUUGUAAUGUGUUCUUUCAUUUAAAUUUUUGCUACAUUUUGUUAACUGUUGAAAGGUGCUGAUGCAUUGAGAAUGAAAUGUAACCGUCUUUCUUGCAUUAAAAUCAAGAUUAUAAAAGCACAACCAGGCAACCACUAAUAGUUAACUGUGUGUGAAAUAAAUUGUGUAGCCUAUUCCAUUAUUCCUGCAAAGUGUUUUGCUUUGUAAAAACAAGUCUAACUUGGGCAUGGUUCAAAAUACAUAUGUCUUUUAUUGCAUCACCGGUUGUAUAUGGAAUAGCUCAGCUGUUUUUAUUAUUAUUGUUUUUGUCUUUUUGGAGUCACAAGUAAGGCUACGUUCACACAGUCAGUUUUGGGAUUGACAGCCGUUUCUUGAAAUGUACUGUUCAAACAAUGCUUACAGUAGCAGUUCAAAUGCAGUCUGUAAGAAUGAACAACCAAAGUCACAACUGUAUUCUAAAACCUGUAACCAUAGUGACUAAAGUAAAUAUCAAAGAUGGCAAUGUCCAUAACACCAUGUCUUAACACAAUUUACGCUGCUUUAUUAGUUCUUCCCUCAAAGUGCACUGUUUCGCAUUUGCUGUUGCACGUGUUUAUAUCCGCAUCUCCCACUGAAGGCUUUACCAUCUCGCGCCUGUGAAAAAGAAACAUCAGGCUAGUGCUCAGUGCUCUGUAGUGCCAGCCAGAAGGCAACUCAUUCUGGAAGUUCUUGAAGGGAGGGCAGUGGGCAACCAAUAAUCUGCUCAUCUGUUUGAAGUGUCCUUUGUAGUCUUCUGAUUUCAUAGCUGAACCAAACCAGACAGUUAUUGAAGUGCAGAGGACAGUCUCAAUGACUGCUGAGUAGGACUGUAUCUGCAGCGCCUGUGGCAGGUUGAACUUCCUCAACUGGUGAAAGAAGUAUAUCCUCUGCUGGGCCUUUUUCACAGUGGAGUCAAUGUGGGUCUCCCACCAUCCCAGGAACCUGGGAGACUCCACUGCUGCCAUAGUGCUGUUCAGAAUGGUGAGCGGGGUCAAUUUUGGGGUGUUUCUCCUAAAGUCCACUAUCAUCUCUUCUAUUUUGAGCGUGUUAAGCUCCAGGUUAUUUUGACUGUGUAAGACAACAGUUCAACCACCCUUCUGUAUGCAGACUCAUCGUCAUCCUGGAUGAGGCCGAUGAUGGUAGUAUCAUCUGCAAACUUCAGGAGGUAAAUAGAGGGUUCCUUGGCGGUUUAGUCAUUUGUGUACAUGUGGAAGGACAACAAGAAAGCGUGCGUUGAUCCCUGGCGGAAACCUAGAGGGCUCGAAUCACUUCUCUGUGGCAGAAGUUCGGGGAGCGGGGGGAGUGUUCUUACAGUGAGCACUAUGUCCUGGUCCCAGUGAAGAAACCAACACUGCCCUGAGAAUUUGGGAAGAAGGCCCAAAGGGCAAAGCAGGUGACAAUGGUGCCAACAAGGAAGCUGUGGAACCUAUAUAAGUCCACAGCCACCACCAUAUAUCCCCACAGCCACCACCAUUGUAUCCUUGAGCAAGGCACUUAACUCCAGGUUGCUCCAGGGGGAUUGUCCCUGUAAUAAGUGCUCUGUAAGUCGCUUUGGAUAAAUGCGCCUGCCAAAUGCAUAAAUGUAAAUGUAUAAAUUUAAGUGGUUGGGUGUGUCCUGACCUGUGGUACAGUGAUUUUGAAGCUGAUCACAUUUGGUAAUUGUACUGACCAUAUUGUUGUCUGAGCAUU